GGCGAUGUGUAUGCCAAAGUCAUCAACGAUGUUUGCGAAGCUUCACGGCAAGAUUUCGAGGAGGGUGGCGUAGAGCUUGCAACCUUAGAUCUGCUCAAGUCGGAAUGGCAGAAGAAGCUCACAGCGCUGAAGGUUGCCCAACUUCCAUGGGACCCUCCGCCAGCGCCUGCCAUCAAAGAACAAGCAACCGUCCCCAGCAAUGUGAAGACCGCUCCCCAAACUCUUCCCAGCAAUGGCGGCAGUGUCAGCACCCCUCCUUUGUCACAAUCCUCGGCUCCCUCGGUAGUCAUCAAGAAUGAGCCCAAUGCUGCACCGUCAUAUCCUACUCAGCAGGCGCCGCCUCACGCUCAGCAAUAUCAGGCACCCUCGUUCCAGCAAGGUCAGCCGCUGACAGCUCGAGACAGAGCCGCCAUGAACCUUCACCAGCAGUACGGUCCGCGAGCCGGUGUCCAGAUUGCCCAGCUCCAGUCAGGCGGUCAACCACGUGUGCCAAUGCCAUCAGCGGCACCAAAUUCGUCCUACAUCAAGCAAGAAGAGCCAAGCACGGGCUUUGAUGGCGUACAGGAAUAUUCCCACAAUCCCCAACUCCAACCUCGAGCAGUAGAUACCAGCCAGACCGACGGUGCUGGGGAUGCCCGUGACGAAUGGUCGACCGAGUUUGCUCAACGCACGGCCUUUGCUGCGGCGCAUGCUACGGAAGGCGACAACCUCAUGCGAGCCCAUUUUCAAGUCCGGCAGCAAUCACUGGAAGGCGGCGGUCUCUUGGUUCCAUUGGGUGCACGCCACAUUCCGGACAAGUCAACUACCCGAAAAGUCAACGCAUUGGGCAACGCGGGAGCUGAGUCCGGCAAGGCAGUGACUCGGAGCAUUGUGCGUUCUCAAGGCGACGCAACAGGCGACGACGAUGACGAGGAGGAUGAAGACGCUAUCAACUCUGACCUCGACGACCCUGACGAUCUAGCGGCGGCCGAGGAAAAUGGUGAAAAUACUGACCAAGUCAUGCUUUGCACAUACGACAAGGUCCAGCGGGUCAAGAACAAGUGGAAGUGCACUUUGAAGGAUGGUGUUCUGAGGGUGGAUGGGACCGAAUACGUCUUUCACAAAGGGCAAGGCGAGUUCGAGUGGUGA